AUGAGUAAAUAUAUCGAACGGUAGGUAUCCACAAAGAUCCUCAUAAUUUUAUAGGAUUACCCACAUUGAGAACCUUCUGCUGAUACAGAAUCUGGUCAUAGAUACGUCUGCCCUGAGGGAAGCCUGUGCUUUUGGGAUACCGGAUCUGUUAAGACCUCUUUGUUGGAGGCUGUUUCUUGGAUUUUUGCCAAAAGAAAGACAAGAAUGGCACGCCGUCUUGACCAAGCAAAGGGCUGAUUACAAGGCCUUGGUCACAAAUAUGAUUGAAGCCCACAUCGAAUGUUCUGAAGAAGGCCCAGUUGAUCACGUGAGUAUAGUUAUUGUUUGUUUGACAAGUAAAGUUCUUCUAAGGGGUAUGGAGUUACACGUCGAGACACAUAGCAAAAAAAAAUUCUGGUUCAGAAGAUGCAAAAUUUAGCUAAAAUUUUUUGUUUUGUAAGGGCGAAAAACCCCUCAGAACUUUUCUCGCAACACCACGCAAAUGCCAGGGUUUGCCUUACAAGCGAAUGCACUGUAUGUGUAAAUCGAUUUUGGCUUGGGACAUAGAUCGAAAGGUGUGUGGUAGUCGAUCAUUGACUUGGGGGGAAAUCUCUGCGCAGGGCUUCAAAGCCGGGAAAUCGGCUUUAAAUUUUGGACGAAAAUCAAAGGAUAGGGAUCCCGUAAAAGAAGCAAUAAAAAGUAUGAAGCAGUGGCCGAGUGGUCAGUGAGCUUGCUUUCUGCACAAAAGAUUGUAGGUUCGAGUCUUUCCAAGCUCAAAUCGUCAUUUGUCGUUUUUACUUUUCCUCACUUUGUAAGGCUAUACGUUUAAAAAAAGUUAACACAAUGGAACUUUGUUAACUUUUUCCUGUCCGUUGCUACUUUUUUUCGUUCAAACUUUGAAGCCGAUUUGUUCGGCUUUGAAGCCACGCGCAGAGAUUUCCCCCCAAGUGAAUAGUCGACUACCACACACCUUUCGAUCUGGCUAUGUUCCAAGCCAAAAUCGAUUUACACAUAAAGUGAUUUUAUUAAAACUUUUGGUCAAAAAGGCAUUUGCGUGGUGUUGCGAGCAAAGUUCUGAGGAUUGUUUCGCCCUUAGAAAACCAAAAUUGGGCAGCUAAUUUUUACAUAUUCUGAAUUAGAAAAAUUUUACGAUUUUCUUGAUAUAUGUGUCGACCUGUAAAUCCAUACCCCAUAGAAGUACUUUCCUUGUGAAAUUUAUAUUUGCACAUUAUUAAGCAUGUCUUUCAGCCGUUAUCGGAUGGAAAAGACAGUCAAUGGGCCAAGUUCUUUGCAGAUAACGACGUCCUCAUUCAAAUCGACAAAGAUGUUCGACGUCUGAGGCCAGAAAUAGAUUUCUUCCAACGAAUUAGCCACUAUCCGCUAAAGUAAGUUAAGGAGAAAGAAUAAUAUCCUCGCAGGGAAGGGCAGAAAUUAUCUGCCCGUCUGAAUACCCUUGACAACAAUGGGGAACCCGUGGAACAACCGAACGGAGAAUAUCACUGGCAGGUGGUGGAGAGGAUACUUUUUAUUUACUCUAAGGUUAAUCCGGGCAUCAAGUAUGUUCAGGUAGAGUCAUCCUAGAUGUUAAUAUGAUUAUUCAGGGGAUGAAUGAGAUCAUUGGACCUAUCUAUUACGUAUUUGCCUCUGAUCCCGACAAAGAGUGGGCGGAGUCGGCCGAGGCCGAUACUUUUUAUUGCUUCCAGCUUCUGAUGUCGGAGAUCAAAGACAACUUUAUCAAAUCUUUGGACAGCAGUUCUUGCGGGAUCGAAUGGACUUUGGCUCAUUUCUAUCAACUAUUUCAAGCAGUGGACCCUGAAUUGUAUCACCAUGUUGUUAUAAAGCUAGAUGUGAAGGCCCAAUUUUACGCCUUCAGAUGGCUUUCCCUUCUUUUGUCUCAAGAAUUCUCUUUGCCUGAUCUAAUCAAUAUAUGGGAUACUGUAUUUGCAGCACAAAACAGAAUGGAAGCGACCGAGUUUAUUUGUUUGGCCAUGCUUUGCCAAUUCAGAAUCGAACUCCUGAACGGAGAUUUCAGUCAAGUUGUGAAGUUCUUGCAGGUAAGGAUCAGUUGGCAACAACAAUGGAACUGCUGACUUCAGAACUAUCCAGUGAUUGAUACAAGCCAAUUGAUUGCACUGUCAUGGGAAAUAAAAGGCCGACAAAGGAGUAACAAUAACAAUGGGCAAAGAAGCACAGGGAAGUUCUGGAACAAGGAAAGACUCUCGGCCAUGGUCAAUGGGGCCAAGGAAAGGAUAUCCAACUAUACGACGUCGAGAAGGGCCGCCAACAAGAGUGAUGGCGCCAUCAGUUACAGGCAUUCUCCAUCGUGA